GGCAUUGCGUUACGUACCGAGAGACGCACUGGUAGGUCCUGUCUCUCGUGCUGAAUCUUUCUUCUCAAAUUUGUUGUUUGCUCUCGGACGAAGAUACGUUGAUUGCUAUUGCCUCGCUUGAUAAUCUGGAGUAUACAAGAGCACGCGAGCAGGAAGGCGGUGUUCGUCCACAGAGGACAUACCCGAGCACGCGACCAGAUUGCCGGAAAGAGUGAAGACAGAGCGAAAGAAUACGAAGAACAAAACCAGAAAAGAUGUCUUCCGACUCAAUAGCUCUCUUCCGCAAAGGUCUUGGACCAGACCUCAAUGAGCUCGCAGAAAAGCACUACCAACACGACCUCACCUCCUCCGACCGCGAAGCAAUCAAAUCCGCCGCCUCCACCGUAUCCCUCUACACCUCCAUCGGCUCAGCCAUAGGCCUAACCCUCUCCCUCGCCCUAGCCUACCGCAUCCGCUCCUCCCGCGCUCGCCUCUUCCGCGCCUUCAAAACCACCGAAAAGCCAACCCACGUCCGCUUCGCUGAUGGACGAGAAGAGACUCUACCAGAUCUCACACCUCUCGUAAAACCCAGCCGAUUAGGCGAUUUCGCGACGUUCGGGUUCCUUGGGCUUGGUGGGAUUUUUCUUGGAGGUGAGACGGGACUUUUGACGGGGAGUCUGAGUGCGAAGGGGAAGCUGUUGAAGGAUGAGGAGAGGAGGGAGAGGAUUCAGAAUGCGAUGAAGGCGUUUCGGGUUGAGGCGUUGAGGAAGCAGGCGGAUGAGUUGGAGGGGAGGAGGGGGUUGUGGAUUUGAGUGCUAGCAGAGUACGCAGAGCAGAAACCAGAUAAGAAAGCGUGGGGAAAGCCAUGUGCAGUCUACUGAUGGACUUGGGACGGGGGAGUCGGCAGUGUUGGCGCAUGCACGGAAGAACGUGUGAAAGCAGGGUUCGUUCUUCGGGAUUGAUCUCCACCUCAAUACAUGUGAAGGCCAAACACACCACUCACAGAAUUGUUGGUACUGAUCGAACACAAAUAGCAUCAUAGCGUGGAGCAUGGAGUUUUAUACCUUAAUGUGCAGGCACCGGAUUUGUAUUUCUUCGCGUCCGACACAACCCGUCAAGAAAGUCUAGCUCAUACAUUUCAACAAUCUCUGGGGCACAUCAUAGUAACAGCACACGACGGUAAUCUCGACGCGAACAUCCAAGUAUCCAGUGAAUCCGACAGUCCAAGUCGAAUAUCUACUCCGGCUAGACAGCUAACUCAUCCUCACUCCAAUCCUCCUGCAUAACUUCACUCCUCUUCCGCUCCAGCCUACCCGACUUCCUCCGCUUGACAGGUCUCGCGACAAUAACCUGCGGACUACCCGUCCUCGAACGACUACUCAGAGGCGAGCGGUCCGGUUGAUCGAUCGGCACGAAUGCUACUCGUGGACGAUCGACUUUGACGACAGAUUUCGCCAGCACAUCAGGAGUUUCCGGCUCAAGAUUUUCCUUUCCCCUGCACAACAAAGCUUCGAGUCCAGGACUUUGGACGACGCAUUCCUCCUCCUGCUGAGUGAACGGAGUUCUCCAGACCC